GUGAAUUUAACAUUUGUAGGCCAUGUCACAAAGAAGAAGCGUGUUCUUCUUGCAGCUGAGCUCUGAGGGGUAAUCGGUCAUCUGAGCAACAACCGACAAGAGCUGCCGCGGACGGCCAUCGAAUCUACACCAUUAAGUUGAAUCCAGGUUCCAAGCAUGUCCAGGAAUAUCCUCCUCAACCCAACCCUGCCGUCCUCAACCCAGCUAGCGCUAAGACGCGCAGGUUACGAAACACUCGAUGAUCUAUCCACCACUUCCGUGGAAGCUCUUUCUAAGGAACUGGGGAUUGAUAUCUCCGACUCGCAAUCCAUAAUCACCGUAUCACAGCGGCCUCCAGGACCGCCUUUGAGUCAAUCCUUGGCUUCCUUGAUAUCUAGAUCACAAAGUGUUGCGUGCAGCUACGCAGCUGUAAACACGGCACUCGGUGGCGGUCUUCCGAGGGGACGCAUACUAGAAAUAUCUGGACCCCCAGGCAGUUUCAAAGAAACCCUUGCACUAGAUUAUACUCGAAUUUUCGCUGAGGCAAACGAGGAGGUGAUAUUUAUUGAUACCCAGAAUAUGACAAGCCUCGCCACGAUCAAGAAAACCUUCUGCAAUUCUUCCGCGGCUGCUGACUAUCAGGACCUCACGGGGCUUCUCGUUCUCAAUUCAAUUUCAUUUCCGUUCCUAUCUCAUCCAGAUGUUCAGUCCUUCAAACGGACAGCGCUGUUGGAGAAGAUCCAUCAGGUAUUUUUGCAAGCAAGUGCAUUGAAUAAUUUGACAAUUAUCACAACUUCCCAAAUGUCAACGAAAUUGCUCAAUGCUGAUGGCUCUCCUGGAAACUUUGAAACAGGAGCAAAGGCUGUGAUGGUACCACAACUAGGUUCAACCUAUCUACCAAACGGCCGAUCCUAUCGAUUGGUAAUUGUGCCGGAAUCACGAGCAACAGGAGUAGUACAGCUUCUUUCAUCUCCUACGCACCCUUCAGGACAGGCCCGGCAUCAAUAUGAUCUAUCACAACAUGGAGCAUGAAGCGUUCUCCACCAUUCUUCACGGAUCUUGGUAUCCAUCUUGAGGUGCAGUGAUAACUUUGUCAGGUGUGAUAAUCAUGUCCAUCUUCCAAUCGUGGUCGAACAUCGGCACUUGUCCAUGUUCCAAAAGUUGCUGCUCCAAAGCUAAAGCGACUUGAGAUUACCAGUUAGAAUGUAGUUCCGCGCUGCCCAUGAUGUACCAACCUAGUAAUGGUUUUGAUCGCCCAGUGGAGGAAGAAUAUGAUGUUAUGAAUCGAUCAUAGUAGCCCUUUCCAUGCCCGAGCCUCGAGA